UCACCAUUUUUCAAGUCAUUGGCAUCUUGGCUAAGAUUUGACUGUUAACAACAGAGAAGUAAAGUUAACCCUUCUCGAUCUUCUCUCUGACCCAUCAUUACAUUUUAGGGUUUUUGCUCAUUUGUCCCCCAAAGCUAGGGUCUUUGUCCUUUUACCUUAUUUUCCCCCAAUUCAAAAUUAACAAAAAUCAUGUUUUCUUUUUCUUUCUCAGGGUUUUUCUGCGUGAAUCAGAACCUGCAAUUUGCGUUGGAAUCUUAGGGUUUGAGCAAAUUCGGUGGUGUUUUCAGCUUCUUCCACUUCCCCUCAAGGAAAGAAAAAGGAAUUGAAGUUGCAGAGAGUAGAGUGGAAGAAAGACUGUUUUUUUACCGUUGAAAAGGCGAUUUUUUGAUUUUUUUGAUUUUGGGAAGAUGAUUGCUGAGAAACCAAGCUGGGUUAGCCAUGAGGGCAUGCAGAUUUUCUCCAUUGAUGUUCAACCCGGUGGACUGAGGUUUGCCACUGGUGGUGGUGACCAUAAGGUUCGCAUAUGGAAUAUGAAGUCUGUUAGUACGAACAUGGAAAAUGAUGACGCUUCACAAAGGCUUCUUGCCACCCUGCGGGAUCACUUUGGCUCUGUCAACUGCGUUAGGUGGGCUAAGCAUGGAAGGUAUGUUGCAUCAGGAUCUGAUGAUCAGGUGAUAUUAAUUCAUGAGAGAAAGCCUGGUUCAGGAACCACAGAAUUUGGCAGUGGAGAGCCCCCGGAUAUUGAAAACUGGAAAGUAGUAAUGACUUUGAGAGGGCACACUGCAGAUGUGGUGGAUCUUAAUUGGUCUCCUGAUGAUUCUGCAUUGGCUAGUGGGAGUUUGGACAAUACUAUCCAUGUUUGGAAUAUGAGCAAUGGGAUUUGCACUGCUGUUCUUAGGGGUCACUCGAGCCUAGUCAAGGGGGUUGCCUGGGAUCCUAUUGGCUCUUUUAUAGCUAGUCAAUCUGAUGACAAAACUGUCAUUAUAUGGAGAACUAGUGAUUGGAGUCUUGCUCAUAAGACAGAUGGUCACUGGGCAAAAUCACUUGGGUCAACUUUUUUUAGGCGUCUUGGAUGGUCUCCUUGUGGUCAUUUUAUCACCACCACGCAUGGCUUCCAGAAACCAAGGCAUUCUGCCCCUGUGCUAGAGAGAGGUGAAUGGUCUGCAACAUUUGAUUUCCUAGGACACAAUGCUCCAAUCAUUGUGGUGAAGUUCAACCAUUCUAUGUUCAGAAGGAAUAUCUCUAAUGCUCAGGAAGUGAAGUCUGUGCCUGUUGGGUGGACCAAUGGUGCCUCCAAGACUGGAAGCAAAGAGCCACAGCCUUACAAUAUUAUUGCCAUUGGUAGUCAGGAUCGAACUAUAACAGUGUGGACUACUGCAAGUGCCCGCCCUCUAUUUGUGGCUAAGCAUUUUUUUACUCAAAGUGUUGUGGAUUUGUCCUGGAGCCCUGAUGGAUAUUCACUUUUUGCAUGUUCCUUGGAUGGAUCAGUGGCCACAUUUCAUUUUGAGCCAAAGGAACUUGGUGAGAGAUUAGGUGAUGCUGAGCUAGAUGAGUUGAAGAGAAGUCGUUAUGGUGAUGUGAGAGGGCGCAAAGCAAACUUAGCUGAAAGUCCGGCACAGUUACUGCUAGAAGCAGCUGCUGCCAAGCAGACAUCUAGCAAAAAGGUGGUUUCUGAUGCCCAGCUACACCUGACAAUGACAAAGGCUUUUGUUCACGCUGGGGUUACUACAAAGAAUGUCGAGCCUCAAGUUGAUGAUGGUAUUAAGAGUGGAGGUCCAGCAGGGGAUGGAUCAGACAAAGUUACGACAUCUGGUCGGAUUUCUAGUCCUGUUAAACAAAGAGAGUAUAGACGACCUGAUGGCCGGAAAAGAAUUAUUCCUGAAGCAGUCGGAGUGCAGCAGGAAAACAUUUCUGGUCAGCAGGCACUUGAUUUUCCUUUUGUGUCUUCUGAUCACAGAAAGGCUCCUGACAGAGCUGUUUCUAAUAAUGAUGACAUAAGAGCAAGUACAUUGGGAGGUGCAAAUUUCAGAAGUUCAGACUUAAAAGAGCGUUCUGGGGUUACUGCUAGGGCCACAAUUUCUGAGAGCCUAGUGAUUCAGAAAGUUCCAGCUUCUGCUGGUGAUGGGAGCAUCAAUGUUGAACAGUUGGGCAACAUGAUGACUUCUAGUUCUUCAGCUUCUUCUGGUGCUACACUUACCAUUAGGGUAUUUGACAAGAAAGGCGAUGACGGUACUUCACCUAUUCUUUUGGAAGCACGCCCAAGAGAACAUGUUGUAACUGACAUUGCAGGGGUGGGAAAUACAUCCAUGACGAAAGAAACAGAAAUUUUGUGCACGAGGGGGCCUCAUACACUUUGGUCUGAUAGGAUAUCAGGAAAAGUCACUGUUUUAGCUGGUAACGUAAAUUUCUGGGCCGUUGGGUGUGAAGAUGGAUCUCUGCAGAUUUACUCCAAGUGUGGGAGACGAGCAAUGCCUACCAUGAUGAUGGGAUCUGCUGCGACAUUUGUAGACUGUGAUGAAUGCUGGAAGUUGUUGCUGGUGACAAGAAAGGGAUCCCUUUACUUAUGGGAUUUAUUUAACCGAACCUGUCUCCUUCAAGAUUCAUUGGCUUCUUUAGUCACUUCAAGUCCUAACUCAUCUGCUAAAGAUGCAGGAACUAUUAAAGUUAUAUCUGCAAAGCUAUCAAAAUCGGGUUCUCCUCUUGUUGUGUUGGCCACUCGCCAUGCUUUCCUAUUUGACAUGAGUUUCAAGUGUUGGCUGAGGGUUGCAGAUGAUUGCUUCCCUGCAUCAAAUUUUGCCAGCUCUUGGAGUUUGGGUUCAAUUCAUGGUGGUGAGCUGGCAGAUUUACAGGUUGAUCUUAGAAAAUAUAUGGCCCGGAAGCCAGGUUGGACAAGAGUGACUGAUGAUGGAGUGCAGACGCGUGCUCAUUUGGAAUCUCAAUUGGCUUCUUCCUUGGCUUUGGGAUCCCCCAAUGACUAUCGCCAGUGCCUGUUGUCUUAUGUACGAUUUCUUGCAAGGGAAGCAGAUGAGUCUCGUUUAAGAGAAGUCUGCGAGAGUUUCCUUGGACCUCCAACAGGAAUGGCUGAGGAAGCAUCUCCGGAUUCAAAUAAAUUAGCAUGGGAUCCUUUUGUUCUUGGAAUGAGAAAACACCAACUCCUUAGGGAAGAUAUUCUUCCAUCCAUGGCAUCGAACAGAAAAGUCCAGAGAUUGCUCAACGAAUUCACGGAUCUGUUAUCUGAGUAUGACAUUGUUGAUGAUAAUCAAGACCAAAGAAAUCCCAUGUUACCAAAGUCAUCUUCACUAGGAACCAAACCAAUCGAGAACGGUUCACUAGCAAAAGAUCACGAGGAGAACUCUGAUCAUGCAGCCAUGGAUUGCCAGGACAAUACUCUAGAUCAAACUCGAGUUCUCCCAAAUGAAGCAAGUUCCGAUGCCCACAUGACUGAUCAAGUUAACCAGGAUGCACAAGUGAAUGAAGAAGGUUCCAUGCUUGUGGAUGAAGGUGGCAUUCAGAGCGGGAUUGUAUCAACAUAGGAUGUUUCAAGUGGCAUGGAUGAAUCUAAUUUCACUCUUGAAAGCUGAUCUUACUAACAAACACUUCAAAGGUACUAAAAGUUGAAGCUAAUCUGUCACAUCUGUGGCUUCUCUAGCCAACUUGGAACUUGCUUUUUGUAAAAUGUCAAGUUUAGGAAGUUAUAGUUACUUAGUUAAGGAAACCUCAAGUUUUACCGUAUGCUGUUAAAUCCAAAUUUCACUGUCAAUUUCAUUUAACAAUUGAUUUGGUGUUUCUAUGUGCCAUUGAAGAAUGGUCAUUUUUUUGGCUAAA